AUGGCCACCGCAGCUCUUAGCAACCACCCAGUUCUGGGCAUCAGGAGAUCGUCACUCUAUAGCUCUUCACUUGCGGAAUGUGAAGCGAUCAGGCAGACAAAGCUGGUACCGCGGCGGAAGCUGCGAAUUGCUGCUGUUGCCUCGGAGAAGACUAUCGACAGUGAGUGUGAUAAAUAUAUUAUCAAGCAGGGAGGGCAGCUCAUCAUUUUCUUCAAUCCGGACGCGUCUUCCUUGAAGCCCAACGACGUCUACGGGGUUGCCUUCAACGCACUGAGCUUGGAGUUUUCGUUUACAAAUGGCAAGGACUGGGAUGGGCCUUACAAGUUGAACGUGGCGGUGCCACCCAAGUUUCGGAACAAGCCUUCAAGUUUCUUCAGCGAGGGGUGGAAGUGUGACUUGGAUCUCAACCCGGGCUGUACAGACAAAGAGAACCCAUUCUACGACCCGCUCGCCACCGUAGACGACGGGACGUGCCCAUACGUGGAAGAACAAGUUGAAAAUGAGAAUUAA